UCUUCGAGCAGGCACGCGCGAAACGCAUUUUUUAAAUAAAACACGGCUGCAUCUCGCUAUUCAUCGAAAAUUCAAGAGCCGUGAGCGGGGUGGUUACCAGGUGACGACUGCGGCGGAUCAGUCGACUGGAUCGACGACUCCCCUCCAUCCCUCUGGCGCCUGGGUCUCACUCCUGUUUUCGGCGGGACAAGGCUGGCCUCGGGGCAGCGUCCAGCCGAACAAUCCCGCGCUCUACUACAGUUACCACUCCCUGACUGAAGCUUGGAGGGGGAGAAAGCACAAGACCACGCCGGGCUAUCCGCCUGCGUGGCAGUGCGGACACCGCGACUCUCACACAGACCAAGGGACGGGCCGACAAAGAAAAGCGGGCCAGGCAACGGACAAAAACGGACAGGAGAGCGAGGAGCCGAGGAGCGAGAAAGGGGAGGGGGGAGAGGCAAGGAGGACGACAGGAAGGAGACGGACCCGGCCGACAGCUGGAGGGACGGGGGGACGGAGAGGGGAAACCAAGCAGGGCGGGAGAGGGAGGGAGAACGCGCCACGGCCGGGCGUCGCAGAAGGGCGCGCCGUCGGCCAUCGGCUGCUGUCGCGUGGGGCCGCCGCCGCGACGCGCCGAGCAGAGCGUCCUCGCCGUGGCGGAGGCAAGGGAGGGAGGCGGGCCGAGAGGUGCGCCCGAGCGACGCCCUUCGUCGGGGCGCUUCCCGCUCGGCGGGCGGGGAAGAGCACGCUGCGCAGGCAGGCGGAGGAGGAGGGGGGAGAGGAGGAGGAGGAGGAUCGGCCCGCGAAGAUGCUCUGGAAUGGGCAAUGUUGGAUGGCACCGCAGCACAGGCGAAUGCCAUUGUGAGACAUGUUGGGAGAAUCGCACCACAGGCGAAUGCCGUGGCUGAUUAAUGUUCAAUGAUAUAACUGGCGUGUCAGCGUGGGCCGAAGCCAUUGAGUCAGCUGUGAGGCCUGGAUGCUGCUCAGGCUGUACACCACCUGUCUGGCCCCGCCGCCCGCGCCAGAAGCCAGGGGAGGGAGGAGGGGGAGAAUUGAGGGGGAAAAGGGGGGGAAAGAGAAAGAGAACGGGGUGAAGAAGCUAGACCUCAGCUUACCAGUACAGAUGGCACUCUUGCUGGUUGCAAACUCCAUGGCCUUGGAGAGUUAUCCUAACUUCACCAGGACCCUGGUAUUCAGACUUUGCGACUUGAUGUACCACGAGACCUCUAUGUACAAUCAGUUCUCCGACAUGGUACCUGUGAAACUCCUGUCUGAAUGGAGUUUCGUCCAAAGCAUAAUCCUUACAUUGAGCGGCAAUGUGUUCACCUUCACUGCAAACUUUGUUCUCGUAAACGUUAAGGCCAGCAGAUGACGGAAGAGCAAUAGGCAACGUAAAGGACCACAGGUCGCUUUCUCUCAAUGUGCCCCCCUCUGCAAUGGUUGAACCAAACUGCGCGUUCCUGUAAUUCAAAUCAUUGUGAACUCUUACUGUGUUGUGCUUGAAAAGCUGGCUGUUCAUGAAAAUGUGAAAUCCGGGGAGCGUCCUCAUCUCUGCAUCGUAUCGCAUUGGCUUGUCGAUUAAAGAUUGUAAAGCAACGUCGAUGCGCCCGUAGAGCCAUCCGAAACUGCUGCCAAGUAUGUUGUUUUUCGUGUGCAAAGUUAAACUGUCUGCUCGGUGAUCAUCUAUAUAUGUCGCCAAUCCUAGAGUGAAGAUGGGCAGGACGCGAUGGGUCCACGGAUCUGGGCGAGAUGUCCAUUCAUCUCGCAAGUCCCAAAUUCUCUGAGUGACCGCCUCGGCUUCAGUUGAGUUCAGAAGACCUGGGAUUCGAUGCACCUCAACAUUCAACGACUCAUACAUGCUCAUUCUUUCUUCGGUAUCAGCUGCCAUUACGGCAACCGCCUGAAUUGACUGAAAGGGUGACGGUGACUCUCCCAAAUAAAAAUGGAUCGCGUACGGCAGCAUCAACACAGACGCAGUCAUCGUCCACGCUGCGAAACGAAACAUACAUCUGACAUAUCUGCCACAACCACUGCUGGGACGACCCCGGCAGGAUGCAAACAGAGACACCACAUCGACGGUAACUGCCACUUGUGAGAGUAAGACCGUUGUAGCGACCAAGAUUGCUGCAACAUCCUUUGGAUCACGCGACAAACUCACAGGGACGUAACCGAUACCUGGAACGUAAACGUACCACCUGCCUCCGCAGCAUGCCAUGACAAGCGAGCCGAACAUUGUGCUCUGAAUGUGAGCGCAGUUUCCACACUGCCAGCCUGGCUUGAACAACACGACUGACCUGCCUUGACCCAGACCAACUUGAGCACAAAUGGCCGCGGGAAGGAAAGACAAAUGCCUUGGAAUAGCAUGCACGCGCUGUCACGCCGGCUGGCGGAGCACGUGCGGGCGGAGCGAGGAACGACAGAGGCAGGAAGCAGAAAGAUACACGGAGGACAAAACAUGAUCGACCCACG